CUCGAAGCCAAAUGAGUGCUCGGAAUAAGGGCAAGUACAAGCGCGGAGGUGGAGGUGCCGGCCAUUCCCGGAACUUUAAAUCCAAUCGCGAUAGCGAACGCAGCCUUGCACAAUGUGCCAGCGAACUGGCAAUUGCGGACAGUGAUACGGAAGGAAGCGAUAGUAGUAGCGAUGGAAGCGAUUCCUCUGAGCAGGAGGGCGAGGCACAUGGCCAGGCUCCGGAGUUCACGGUCGCCAUGUGGGACCUAAACCACUGUGAUCCGAAGAAGUGUUCGGGGCGGAAGUUGGCGCGCCUGAACCUGAUACGCAUUUUGCGUCUGGGUCAGAAAUUUCCCGGCCUCGUGCUCACACCGGUGGGCGUCCACUGCGUGAGUCCCUUGGAUCGUGAGAUUGUGGCCUCUUCGGGCGUCGCCGUCGUAGAUUGCUCGUGGGCCAAGUUGGAGGAGACGCCUUUCAACCGCAUGCGCAGUCCACACCCACGUCUGUUGCCCUUUCUGGUGGCCGCCAAUCCCAUCAAUUACGGCAAGCCCUGCAAGCUGAGCUGUGUGGAGGCUAUUGCCGCCACACUAUACAUAUGUGGCUUCCAGGCGGAGGCGCACUGGUACAUGGGCAAGUUCUCCUGGGGUCACUCCUUCAUCGAGUUGAAUGAAAAGCUGCUCAACAAGUACGCGGCCUGCAAAAGCAGCGAGGAAAUACUAAAGGCACAAAAUGAAUAUCUGGAGGCGGAACAGUUGGAGCGCGAUAAGCCGCGCGACCUGAAGGAAUUCUAUCCCUCCAGCAGCAGCAGCAGCGAGUCUGAGGAGGAUGCCGAGGCCACUAAGAGUUAGUUCCUAGUUACAUCGUUUGUUUAUAAUGUGUUUUAUUUUUAUUGUAGAAGCCACAUCUUCAAAUGGCUAUAAUUGAGUAAAGGAUAGACGCAAUACAAAAAUAUACAUAUGUGCAUAUAUAGAUGAU